AUGCGGGACUUCUCCUGCUUCGGCGACGGCGCCGUCGGCCUGGCCGCCGGGGCCGCCGCCGGCGGGGGAGCCGGCGCCGCGCUCGACCGCUCGCUCCAGGCGGCCACCGCCAGCGUCUACAGGGUCGCACUCUCGUCGCGCAAGGAGCUCCGGAUCAGGGUCACCUGGACCCGGGGCGUCGCCGGGGCCGCGGCGACGGCGGCGGCUAACGGCGCGACCGGGCUCGCCGUGGCCAUCGACGACGGAUCCCGCGCUCUGCCGGUGGCGGCGCCGCUCGGCACGCCACGCCGGACGACCGCGCCAGCGGCCGCGCAGCAUUUCCUGCAGAAGAAGCGCGGGACGCGGUCCUUCGCCACCGAGGCCGGCACGGCGGUGUCCAUCUACUGGGACACGGCGGAGGCCAAGUAUCAGCACCCGGGCGCGCCGGAGCCCUCCCGCGACUACCACCUCGCCGUGGUCCGCGGCCCCGCGCACGCGCACGCGCAGCUGGUCCACACGACGCGGUGCCGGUUCCGCGACGACGGCGCGGAGCACGAGGUCACGGUGGCGUGCCGCGGGGAGGAGUGGGGCGGCGGGCCAUCCAGGGACGGCGAGGUGGCCGUCAGCGUCGACGGCAAGAAGGUGGUGGAGGCGCGCCGGGUCAAGUGGAACUUCCGCGGGAACCGGACGGCGGUGCUGGGCGACGGCGCGGUGGUGGAGGUCAUGUGGGACGUCCACGACUGGUGGUUCGCCGGCGUGUCCCCCGGCGGCAGCGGCGGCGGGGCGCAGUUCAUGGUCAAGGCGCGCGGGGCGGCGGACGGCGGCCGGGUGUGGAUGGACGAGGAGAUGGCCAGCAAGGGCCAGCCCCCCGCCGGGUUCUUCCUGCACCUGCAGUGCUACCGGCGGUGA